CGUUGAUUUCGCAGCUAGUGCUCAGUGUCCACCACGCGAGUUGGUUUAUUCGCUUCCACUCCUCGCUGCACGCCGAGGCGAAGUCAAGUGCGGUGCCAGAGCCAGUUUUCGGGUGCCAGGCGCGUCAAGAAGAGACCAUCGAGACCAUUGCCGAGCCGUUUGUUAAUUGUGCUGUGUCAUAAACUGGUGCCAAAGUUGGAUUAAAAUCCGUGUGCUUUUAUUUUUAUAUAACCUCUCAAGAUACCUAAUUGACAAUUGAUUGUUGCUGGUGGUGAUAGGACGCCACAAUGACGUCGCAAUUGGUGAUUGUGCUCGUUCUGGUGCUGAUGACGUACUCAGCGCAUGGAUUUUCUAAAUAUGGCAGAACCUGUGCGGAUAUUGGAUGUCCCCCAUCAGAAACCUGUGUCAUGGCAGAAGAUCCCUGCUCGUAUGGCAGAAGAGACGAAUGUGGAAUGUAUCCAACUUGCCAACGCCGAGCAAACGUAGCUAAAACCUGCGAUACCUUCGUCUGUCCUCCAACCAUGUAUUGUCGACUUGAUGGUGACACCCCCAAGUGCAUACCUGAUAAUGGUCCCCUUGGUGGACGAAAUGGCAAUCCCAACGCCAAUGUCGACCCACAUAAUGUCCACAAUAACAACAACAACAAUGAUGACCACCAUCCCAGCGCACCUCUAUACCCUCAGAUUCCUCCACGUGGUCAGACCACUACCCGUGCUCCUAUCUACCGCCCGAAUGGUAAUGGCGGUGGUGGGUACCAAGGAGGUUCCAUUGGUUCCGGGUAUCCAGGUCAAGCCGGAAAUGGCGGUGGUGGAUACGGGGGUGGGUCCAUUGGCGGUGGAUACCCAGGUGGAUACUCUGGAUAUCCUGGUACCAACAACAAUCAAAAUCGCUAUCCAGGUUAUCCAGGCUACAGCAACUCUGGGUACCCCAGCAGCGGCCACAAUGGAUACUCCAACACUAACUAUCCUUACAACAACAAUCCUUACUACACACCCAACAACAACCAACAGCGGUAUGGUCACAGUGGGGCUACCACCUCCAAUCCACUGUAUGACACCCUGAAGAGUCUAGGCAUUUUCUGCUUCCUGUUGCAUUCGUUAGUAGCCCGCAUGCGACAAGUUUGAACCAGUAUUUCACCACUUUUACAACACUUAAAAUUACUAUUUAAAAAGUACCUCAGCUGAUGCGCAAGAGAUAAUUAUACUGUAAAAAAACAUCACAAAAACCAAUGAUGCGAUGUGUGAACGAAGGUAUUUUUGAUACUUAAUGGUUGUUAUUCUAUUGUUACCAAAAUGAAAAGGAAAAUAUGCCAUAAUUUGAAUCGCAAGCGCGAUUUUCACGUCCAAUGGUGUUAAAUGUGUCCUUAAGACCGUCAAUUUUUAAGUCGUACUAACACGAUUAACCGUCUUUUAGAUUUGUGUCCAAUGUUGUCAUUUUUAUCAAUAGCCAACGGGUAUUUAUUUAAUUUUUACAUCCACGAAAAUUUAGCCAAGUGGAUUUGUUCAGAUUGUUGAAUUUUGUACAUACAUAAAUAUACUUUAACCAAAUUAAACUAAACUAAGGAGAUAAAUAUGACUUGUUAUACUUUAAGAAUGAAAUAAAUAAUUAACUAAAGUCAUUUUUGAGGUAAAAAAAAUGUUAAUUAAGUGUAAGUAUACAAGUUGCUUUGAUUUUUUUCAUUGUUUAUUUUGCUUUGUUUUUAUGAUUAACUUUUUGUUGGUUUUUGGUUUUUCUUUUAUUUCUGGUUGAUGGUGAUUUGCUGGUUCUUACUUUAUGUGUGCUUGUAAAAUUUAUCAGUUUGCACUUGUAGCCGAAAAUAUCUAACACAGCUUUAUUUUAAAUUUUAAGUGUGUCGACGUCAAAAAUAAUAAAAAACCGAAACAAUUCUUGCCCAAA